AUGGCCCGCACCGACUACACCGGCUUCAGUCCACAGCUGACGGACUCUGAUGGUGACCAUCUCCUGCGCUCGCGCAACACGAUGCGAGGCGGCCGCAAGCCCGUCGCGACUCCCAACGGAAAGCCUUCCGCAACCCGCGCGUCCGGCGUGCUGGGCGCCCUCCUGCAGUCCGUCAAGUCGGUGGGUCGUCGGGUGACCUCUCGAGCCAACAAUUCCGCGCCCGGCUCCCAGAUCACCCCCCGGCGCAGCAGCAAGAGGCUGGCCCGGGGCUCAGCCCCGGGUGGCCCGGACCCCCAGCCCCUCGGCACCGCCAUCGCGACCCGCGCCUCCUCGCUGCGGCCCCGGACCGUGGAGCAGCUGGCCCACGGCAGCGUCACCAGGAGCGGCAAGCGCCGCACCCGCUCGCCGCCAGCCGAGCGGGGCGGGAAGGGGCUGGCCGGAGCGGAGGCCACCCUCCCCAGCGCCGCCAAGCGUCGGUGCCGGGCCGUGCCCCUCACGGCACGCGAGAGCGUCCCUGCUGCGGGCAGGGUCGCGGAGACAGAGCUCAGUCCCUUUGCCGAAGCAGCGCGAGUCGAGGAGCUCGGGACUCGCUUGACCCCGGCAGCGCUCACGGAGGGCCUCCUGGACCUCGGCGAGAGCGCGUCGCCCUCCACCCCCCCAGGCGUGGCAGACGGGGACGGCGUCGCCGGCCAGGCCGCCGUCCAGCCGAUCCCCACGGAGCCCCCGCCCACGACGCCGACGAGGGCGUCGGCUGCCCCCAGCGCCGAGGCGCAGGAGACGCCCUGGCGGCAGGGCCUGCUGCCGUGCCUGGACCGCCUUACCAGCAUCGGGCCCAAGCCCUCCCAGUCGGUGCGGGACUCCAUCCUGAAGAGCCCCACGCCCCCGCGCCGGGCCACGAUGGCCGGCGCCGGACCCCGGAUCCGGGGCGUGCCCUUCCCCACGUGCGACGAUCAGGCCUGGUGGGACCCCCUCGACCCCGCCAAGGUCCGCGCAGCCAAGGCGGCGCUGCACGCCUCAGCGGACGCGACGGGCAUGCUCCCGCUGUGCCGGGAGCGACAGGCCGCCGCGGUCACCGACUGGAUCCGGGAGUGCCUGGAGUCUGGCACCGGCGGCUCCUGCUACCUUUCAGGCCCCCCGGGCACGGGCAAGACGCUGACGGCACAGGCGCUCCUGCGUGGCGUGCACGACGAGAUCGCGGCGGGCACCUUCCUCUCCCGGCCCGAGGAGCCCAGGACAGCCGGCCCCCGGCCGCAGCCGCCCGCCCUCGUCUCCAUCAACUGCAUGCGCCUGUCGGCCUCGGGGCAGGUGGCGGGCCGCAUCCUGGACGGGCUGGCAGUUGCGAGCAGUGGCGAGCAUGCCGCCAGCGUGUCAGGCAAGCCGCUGGUGUAUGGCGGUGGAGACCCCCUGGUGCUACCCUCCGGGACAGGGAGGUGGACGGGCGAGGCCGCCCUGGCCGAACUGCGCCGCGCCGUGGUUUCCCGCGAGGACACCGUGUCGCAGGAAAGCGCUGCGGGACCCCUGCCCCAUGCCGCCCGCCGCCAGGUCUCCAUCGUCCUGCUGGAUGAGCUGGACGGGCUCCUGCACGGGUCGCGAGGCGAGGCCAUGGUUGAGGACCUGUUUGCCCUGGCGCAUGCGCCGGGCUCGCGGCUCUUGAUCCUGGGCAUCGCUAACACCGUCGACCUGGUGCAGCAGCUCCUGCGCCCCGGCGCCGCCUUCCACCGCCGGAACAUCUUUCCCCGGCACGAGGUGUUCCCCGCCUACUCCCCGUCCGCGCUGACGUCGCUGCUGACCCAGCGCGCCGAGCGCCUGCCCGGCCCAGUCUUCGAGCCCAGGGUCCUGGAGCUGUGUGCACGGAAGAUGGGCAACGGCUGCGGCGACAUGCGGCGGGCACUGGAGGCGGCCGCCGCGGCGCUGGAGGCCUGCGUGCAGGAGGCGCGGCGCGACCAGGGCGCCGCGCACCGCGUCACGCUGCGCCACAUGGCCGCCGCGCUGAGCGCGCUGACGGGCGGGGUCGGGGAGGGCAGCGCCGCCUGCGCGGCCAUGCGCGCCCUGCCCCCCCCCCAGCAGCUGGUCCUGGCGGCGCUGCUGGGCCGCGCCCCUGGCAGCGGCCCGCCCAGCGGCGCCUCGUCGGCCUCCUCCGCCUCUGGCGGCUCGCGCUCCGCCUCCGGCGGCUCGGCCGCCUCCUCCGCCUCGCGCCCCGCCUCCGGCGCCGGCGCCUCGCUGGGCGGCCUGCACGCUGCGCACGCUACGCUGUGCCGCGAGGUGGGCCUCGCGCCCUAUGCGUUGGCGGAGCUGGCCGCCGCGCUGGCCGUGCUGGCCGACCAGGGGCUCCUGGCCCUCGGACCCCGGAGGAGGGGCGAGGCCCAGCAGCGCGUGGCCCUCAAGGUGCCGGAGGUGGACGUGCUGAACGCGCUGCGUAGCCUGCCGGUGGUCGGAACUGUGCUGCAGGGCCGCAUGGCAGUCGGCCCCUCCACGUCCUUUUCCCCAUGA